CGAAUAGUUUCUCUCAACUUUACACUUUUUUCAACAAUUUUUUGACUCACAACCAUCUUCACGCCAUUUGUCCUCUCUUUCCGGUUCAAAUUUUGACAGAACAACAGCUAAAAAAUGGCCAAGCGUACAAAGAAGGUUGGAAUCGUAGGUAAAUAUGGUACCCGUUAUGGUGCUUCCCUGCGUAAAAUGGUGAAGAAAAUGGAAAUCACCCAGCAUUCCAAAUAUACCUGCACUUUCUGUGGCAAGGAUGCCAUGAAACGUGCCUGCGUCGGUAUCUGGUCAUGCAAACGUUGCAAGCGUGUUGUGGCUGGUGGUGCUUGGGUGUACUCAACAACCGCUGCUGCUUCUGUCAGGUCUGCUGUGAGGCGUCUCCGUGAAACCAAGGAACAAUAAACAACUACUGUUCGCUUGUUACCGUUUUACUAGGAUUAGUAUUUUUUCAAUGGAAAAAUGUGUUGCCUGAAACUGUUCUCACCAGACAGAAAUGUGAAAAAAAAUAAUAAAUUUUUUUAAAAAGAAUUUUAA